AUGUUUGUAUCUGGGGCACCAAAAUCUUCUGAGAAUAUUGAUAAUUCUGAUAUUAACGAUAAGGAGAUAGAUUCUAAUAUAUCUGAAAGUAAAAGUGCUGAAGCACAGCAACAUGAAAAAAAAUCAGCUAGUUCAAAAUCGUGGAAUAAUGAAAGCGAAUGUAAAGAAAUGGACAUUCAAGUUGAAUAUAAUAAUAGUUGGGAACAAUAUGUGGAUCGUGUUGUAUACAUAAUAAAAGAUUGUAAAUUUGAAAAAUUGGUUAUUGUUUUAAAGUGGUAUUCGCAUUCUUUAUAA